UAAAUGGCAUUGAUAAUGUACUUGAUGUGAGUAAUUUAACUUUAAGGUACAAAUAUGAUAGAUUUUUGACAGUUAUUUUUUUCAGGCAUCUACUAAGACGCAUUCCCGCUUGCUUUUUCGCCAAAGUUUAAACUGGCAGUUAUCGUACUAAAAGAAGGUUGUAUGGAAUACGAUAUACGCUCACAAUUAUUAAGCAUAUGAAAAACAAGGAAACAUACAGUCAUCAUAGUUGUUUUUUCCAAAUUCCAUCGUUGGUAUCUUGUCCAUCUGUUUUGGUUUUUGGAGCUAAUCAGCUGUAAUGUCUCUCCCUCCGGCGAAAGCUUCUGAGUUGAAGCAGAUCAUACACGAUCGUCUACUUAAGAUGGAUAUCCAUGGGAGGAUUAGAGAGGUGCUCUCUGAGACUAUGGAGGAUGAUCGAGUAACAGCACAUCGGCCUCUGUCAGAGGGAGACUUUCUACAUGCUCUGCAGUGCCGGGGCAUCAUAGAUGAAGUGAUGAAAGACCUUCAAAUUUCCGAGAAGGAGCCUGCUACAGAUGUAGGAUCAGAAUCUCCCUUCAAGUCUGUUACUCAUUUUGUUAACAAAGAUAAAAUUCCGCUGAAAAAAACUAUUAUUGAUCCAUCACAACGAUACCUCUAUCUCCAAGUACUUGGGGGUAAAGCAUUUAUUGAACACCUCCAGGACCCAGAGCCAUUACCUGGUCAAGUGUGUUCAACCUUUACACUUCACUUGCAUUUUCGCAACCAAAGAUUUCACUCAAAACCUGUGCCUUGUGCCUGUGAACCUGAUCUUAAGGAAGGCUUUAUCUUAGAGAUCCACAAAGAUGGCACAGGAGACGGUAGUAAGAUGGUAGAUGCAACCACCAUGCUGUCACUGUGCGACCCUGCCCACCUGGUUCUGAUUAAGACAGACACAGCCAGUGAGACAACACUGGUCUCAUCCUACUUUCUGGACUGGAGAACAGUCCUUAGCUCACAAAGUAGCAAAACCUGCUUUGCUGUGGAACUAAUGGGAGUUGGAAGUGAAUGUAAAGUCCCAGCUGGUAUUUUGACUGUCAGUCUGGAGCUCUACCCUCCUCUCUCGGAGACUCUUAGCUUUGACAUCAUCAGCACACAGCAAUCACUUGAGAGACAGAAAACAGCAGACAAGGAGAGGCUGUUCUUGGUGUAUGCUAAACAGUGGUGGAGAGAGUUCCUGGAGAUCCGACCAUCUCACCAGUCCAAACUGGUCAAGAUCUUUGCACAGGAUGAGAACGGUGUCAACAGACCAGUCUGCUCUUAUGUGUCUGUACUUCGGGCUGGCCGCCUCCUGGAGAGCCCUCGACAGGCAGCCCGUUUUGUCAGUCUGCUGGCCCAUGAGAAAGCACCUGUUGUGGGAGGGGGUGGCAGCAAGCAGGAACAGUGGUGCACAUUAAUGGCUUUCAUGUGCAGAGGGAAGGGAGACUGUGAGGACCAUGCAACCCUGCUUUGCAGCCUGCUGCUGGGCUUUGGCCUGGAUGCUUAUGUGUGUGUAGGCACCAAAUCUAAGGGAUUACCACACACCUGGGUCCUGACCCGGGGUACUGAUGGGAGUAUCACUUUCUGGGAGAGUCUCACAGCACAUAGGUAUCUGCACCAACCUAUUGAUCCAGAUUCCCCACCAAUGGCCCCUCAACACAAACAAUCUUCGCCAUACCGCACUGUAGGCUGUGUCUUCAACCACCAGACUUUCCUGGCCAACUGCCAGCCCUCUGAUGCUGUGGAGCUCUGUUUGUUUGACUUUCAGAAUCCGUCGUGCUGGAAAGCAAUGAGUGAAGAGGCUCUGAGGUCUGUUUGUGCCCCAGGCUCCAUCACCUCACUACCCCCUCUGCCACCUCUCUGUGCCCCAUCCCUGGAUCCGGCAGCAACUAGCAACCGACUGGAGCUCGAGAUGCGCUACUUGAUCUCUGAACACAGGAAGGACCUGGAUUUAGCAACUGUGUGGGAUGAUCACAUCUCCUACCUACUGUCCUCAGCCCUAUCAGCCUAUGAAAUGGAACGCUGUACUGGGGUUUCUUGUGGUAAUGAAGAGUUCCAGGAUGCAGUGAGGAGGGCAGUGCCAGACGGACAUACCUUCAAGGGUUUUCCUAUUCACUUUCUCCACUGCAAUGCUCGCAGAGCCUUUGCCAUUUGCCUUAGGUCUUCAUUCUGUGAGGAGAUAGUGUGUUGUCGUGGAGACAACGUAAGGCUGGCUGUGCGUGUACGGGUGUUCCCAUAUCCUGAGAAUGCAUGUGCAGUUUGGCUAAUGUUUGCAUGUAAAUAUCGAUCUGUGCUUUGACAUGUAGACAGAUGUUCCCCAUUUAUUAUGUGUAACUAAAUUUAAAUGAAUGGGAUAUUUAAUUUUUUUAUUAGUUAUGUUGUAUUUAGGACAAUGAGUGGUUGGUGUCUUACUUACAGUGUACUCAUCAUUGAUUAGAAUGCUCUGAAUUAUUGAAUUGGGGCAAAGGCCUUAAGGGGGAACCAAUCUGAUAGCUCUGGUGAAAGGGUCCACCCAUUAUUUAUUAAUUUUAGCCAUUUCAAGUAUGUUAAACCUCAACACUUUAAUUGACGUCAGAGAAAACACGGCAUCAUUUCAUCAGAUUUUUUAAAACAUUUGAGAUGUUUAACAGUUUAUAAUGUCACUACAGUUUUCCAAACCAAAGAAUGAUGCUGUUGCAACAUGGUCCACCGUCUGAAACAUUCUAUGUGGAUUUAGUCCAGAUUGCCCAUCAUAAUGUCUCUCUUCUUCUCUAGAAUGAGACCUCUAACAGAUAUAGUUUAUUGCUCUUUGCUAUUGCUCAGGCCUGUUUUUUUUUCAAUAUAAAGACAAAUAUUAAUUUGCAAAGAAAAAAAAAAAAUUUUGCAAAUAAACUGUGUCCAACUGAAAAUGUUUUCUUUUUAGAAGCUUCAUGAAAUAUACUGUAUAUUCUGGUAGAUUUCACACAUGGUUUACACUGUGUAAAACCCAGAGUUUCUCUAAAUAUAUAUUAUUUUGGUUUGGCAUUGAAAUAUAAUUGUUACAAUUUAAAAUGUUAAAUUCUUCAAAAAUAUUCACCAAUUUCAUAGCAAUCGUGUGUUUUGUUAAUUUUUAAGUAAGCAUUCAAAUCACAUUUUGUAGAAUGUAAAGUCCAGAACAGGAGAAAAUGGUUAAGUUUGUCAAACAAAACAUUUCUUUAGUGUAUUUAUUUGCUGUAAAAUGAACAAAAAAAGUCCCAUAUUCACGCUGAACCCAUGUUGUGAUGAUAAAAUAGACAGAAAUGUCAUUAAACAUCUGUAUACAUUAUUGUAGCUGUGUUUAAGUACUGUUGUGGCAUUAUUUUUCACUCCUGCCAAAUGUUGCAUAUGCCAGAGUAAGCAGAAUUGAGCAAUUAUAUCCAAUUCUGAGAUGACAUCUAAGCAAGCUUUUUACAUAAUUUGAUGCAUUUCAUGCCAGGGGAAAAGGCAUUUCUAAUGUCAAGUAUGUUGAUUUUAAAGAUACAAGUUCAGCCUAUCCUUUUACAUAAACCCCAUGCAAACUGAAUUUCUUGUAAAUAAAAAAUGACUGUUUAUAAAGUCCUGCAAAUAAUGUGUUCAACACUAGAUGGCAGGGUUAACCAAAUUCUAGUACAAUUCGAAUUUCUGAAUCUUUGUGUUCAUUACAACAGACCUACAUGCUUGCCUUUAUGCCUAAAAGACUCUUUUGCAGAUCAUGCAUGACAUCAUGAUGACUAAAAUGUUUUUGACAGAUUAUGGGAUAAAUCACAAUAUAUGUUAAAAACAAUUCAGGAGGAUACUGAUUCAUUAUAUUAAAAUAAUCCUAGAAAUUUGCAUUAAUUUAAUUCUGUUGCCACUUAUUGCAAACAUUACUAUCGUUUUUAGUUUUUUGAAAUUCCACAGAAAAACAUGCAGUAUUUUUGUUAUUCAGACUGACAGUCUGAAUGACUGAUUUUUAGACUUCCAUGAGUGUACAAUUAGUUGAAUAAAAUGAAGAUGGCUUUAUUUAUUGGUCCCGUUCGUUUUUUUUAGUUGACCCAAGGAGACAAAUUGUUGUCACCAACCCAAACUUUGA